ACUCUGACAGGUCACAGCAGGAAGGUAACGGCAGCGAGGUUCAGUACUUUACUUCAUCAGGUGGUGACAGGAAGUGCAGACAGAACCAUCAGACUGUGGGAUCUGCACAGAGCCGCUUGUGUGCAGGUAGUUGAAGUGGCGUCGUACUGCAGCGACCUGGUUUGUUCUGAGAACUGCAUCAUCAGUGGACACUACGACUGUAAAAUCAGGGUCUGGGACUCCAGGGCGGUGAGCUGCGUUCAGGAACUUCCUGCUCAGGGUAAAGUAACCUCGUUGGACCUCAGCUCCGACCAUCGUCAGCUGCUCAGCUGUUGCCGUGACGACUGCCUCCAGCUGGUGGACCUGAGGAGGUGGAGCAACGACCGCACGUGUUUCAGAGCUGAAGGGUUCAAAUGUGGCAGCGACAGCACAAAGGCCGUCAUCAGUCCAGACGGAUGUUUCCUGGCUGCUGGAUCAGCUGACGGCACAGUUUACAUCUGGAACGUCGCCACCGGCAACCUGGAGACCCGCCUCCCUGACAAACACAGCUCGUCCAUCAGCGCCGUGUCCUGGUCUCUGUCGGGAGAAUACUUCGUCAGCGUGGACAAGAGUAGGCGGGCUGUCCUCUGGAGCGACAUCUGAAUCAGCCAAUCUGGGAGGAGUUCACAUCGUCACGGCAACACCAGUCAGGACAUGCCUCCCCUGAACAAACAGACGCAGCUGUUACGUUUAUCAGAUUCGAAUCACAAUUAAAGGGAAAACUGUUUGUUUGUAAUGUUUCUGUUGCUCCUGACCUUUGACCUCACUUCACAUUAUUUAUUUUAUCACCUGCUUCAUCUCCUCGUCCAUAUUUGUUCUGCUCCUCCAGCUCCAGCUCUGUUCAUUGAUGAAAUGAUGAUGAUAUGAUGAGUUAUUCAGCUGGAAUCUGACAAAUAUGAAAUAUGAGACCAAUUCCUGCUAAAUAAUCUGUCACUGUGGAGUUGAAAGUCUUAGAUUUAAAAAUGUGAGUUUUCUCUCAGCUGCUGUUUUGUCGCAGCGAGGAGCCUCGUGCAGCUCUGCAGCUGGAUUUACUUUUACAAAGCGUCGCCAUUAAAUCAGUGUUUGGCCUCUCGGCUUUGAAGAGGGAAGUUCAAAGAGGAAAAGAGAAAUGUCCGGAGGCUGUGACGGCGAGGGAGGAGUUAACAUAUCGAGAUCAGCAGAUCCGAGCUUCCACACCUUAUCUUAACAAAUCAUAUCAUUGCUUUUCACCUGACACCGAACAUGUGAGGCUCCACCCACACCGACUGGUUUCAGUUUCUCAUCACUGUUGCCAUGGUUACGCCGGCUGGAGUUCUCCAGCCUCUACACCAGAGACGUGUGAACUGGUUUUAGUUUGAAAACUCUGGGGUGUGUUUUAAUCUGGACGAACACAAACGGUGACGCCCACGUUCUCUUCUGAUUGGUUCUCAUCAGUCACAUGACUCGACUACCAGUGGUGAAGACAAAGCGUCGCUAACACUUCCUGUCAGGAACAGCUCCACCUCGUCCCUGCUCCGACUCUUCACCAUCACUGUUCCUCCUUCAGAGGAGGUUCUGUUACUAAGCAACCAACUGCAGAGGAGACACUCUACUUCCUGUUUACAUCACAUGACCAGUGGAGGUGACCGGUCAUGUGAUUUUAGGUGUGUUCGUGUGGGCGGAGCCUUAGUAUCAGGUGAUUUUAUGAUUGACGGAUGUAAAAUGUGAUAGUUGUAUUUUAAACUUGUUUCUGAACAUUUAAUUUCCUAAUGAUGAAGGGAAACAUCUCUAUUUGAUUCUUUUGUUCAGUUUAAGUCUUAUUUCUUUCUCUGUGACCUUCAGUGAUUUAAUGAGGGACAGAGUGAAGACGUUAGUUCAGAGACAAACUAUAAAAACAAACAUUGGAUGAAGACGUCAUGUUUCUAAUAAUGUUCUGACUCUGCAGCUGUAACAUCUGUGUCUUUGCUCCAAAUAAACUGGCUUCUAACGUC